AAACCCUAGAGAGAGAAACCGAGGAAACUAUUUCUUGUCCGGCUAGCCAGCCUGAUCAUGGCCAUGCCUUCGUCCCAAAUCACUUUCUUCCCUCGCUACGCUUCCAGCUCCUAGAAUCCAGACUUGCGCGUCGAUUCUGGAAUCUCAAAUCUCUACUGCUUCUCCAUUUUAACACACAUUUUCUGCGCUUACUCUGGGUUGUGGUGGGUUUGAAGUUUGAUCACUCUCAUUCAGCAUGCCAGAACCUCAACUUCUCGUGGACGAGUUCGUCUCCCAGCUUCGGAAACGAUGGGGUUUUUUCCUGAACGAGCUACUCUCGUGAUCCUGGGCAUCCAACUGAAUGAAUUGUACGAUUGGCAAGGUUUAUGGGUUAACAGCAGAGUUGCUUCGGACUGCCAUAUCUCAACUGAGGGCCGCUGAGGCUCAUGUUCUUGUUGAAACUGUGAGAAAGUUGGGCAAGGAGUUAAUUGCUGCUAAUCCCGUUGAGCUUUCUGUGGGGAACACUGUAAGGAGGGUGUUGCGGAUCAUUAGAGAUGAAGACGUGUCUGGAGUAACAGAUGGUUUGCCAUCCGAUGGGGAUAACAAAGAGACAGCUGAUUACACGGAUGGUCAAGAUUCAAGUGCUGAUGUGUUGGCUACUAGAAGGUUAUUGCAAGCUCCUUCACUGCACCGUUUACUUGACCGUGCACCUAUGGACGAUAUGGAAGGCAAAAGGAAAGCUGCUGAUAGGAAUGCAAAAGCCUGGAGGUUGAAGCGUAGCGUGAUGGAGACAAUUAAUGAGCUUGUUGAAGAGAUAAGUAGUUGCCGCCAACAGAUUGCAGAGCGAGCAUUAGAGUUCAUUCAUCACAACGAGGUGAUACUAACUUUAGGACAGUCAAAAACCGUGGUGGAGUUUUUAUGUACCGCGAAGAAGAAAAGAUCAUUCAGGGUUUACGUUGCUGAAGGAGUUCCCAAGUACCAAGGACACUGCUUUGCGAAGGAUCUAUCUGCAGAAGGUUUUAAGACCACUUUGAUCACAGAUUCUGCAGUAUUUGCCAUGAUUUCACGGGUGAACAUGGUUGUGGUCGGAGCUCAUACUGUGAUGGCCAAUGGUGGGAUCAUAGGUCCAGUUGGGUUGAACAUGCUCGCACUUGCAGCCAAACAACAUGGUGUUCCAUUCGUUGUAGUUGCCGCCACUCACAAAUUAUGCCCUUUGUACCCAGAAAACCCAGUAGUUCGGUUGAAUGAACUCAAGUCGCCAUCUGAUCUCCUCCAGUUUGGAGAAUUCUCAGAAUGAAUGGAACUAGCACCCGAUAGCAGCGCUUGUGUGCUGAACGUCGUAAACCCUGCGUUCGAUUACGUUCCACCACAGCUCAUCAAGCUUUUCAUUACAGACAUAGGCGGACACAACCCGUCGUUCAUGUACAGGUUGAUUGCUGACUACUACUCUGCCGAGGAUCUCAUCCUCUGAAAAAUUAGUAAAUUGUCAACAGCUCAAGCCGUCGAAACAAAGGCGAUCGAUCUUCUGCACUCGAUUUGAAGAAUUAGAACAGUUUUGCCGCCUAGAUUCAAUUCACUGGAAACAAGAACUUUAAUACAUUGGACCAAUGCCGAACAGUUUGGCUGUUAUGAACUUUGAUACAUUGGAUUUUGUUGACAAGAAACAUAUUGAAUGUAAUGGGAAACCUUGACAUUUCAUACAGAAGAGAAUAUGGAAAGAAUCUACUACUGAAAGUUUUCAAGAAAAGGAACUUUCUUAUUGGGAUCUUUACACCUUGCGAAGAUCAACGCCGGCCGUCGACUCCAUUCUUCCCGACGGUCUUCAAAGCAUUAGUGGAGAGUCGAAGCUUGACGGAAUCGAGCUUGCCCUGUCUCCUUCCCACCAAACCUUCUUGUACAGCAAGUUUACACGAACUCGGCUUCAAUCCCAAUUCCAUUUUCUCUCCAGCAUUUCUCUGUUUCUCUUCACAUCCGAAUCCAGCGGGCAAGCUGAGUAGGGUUCACAAUCCCGGGAAUGUGGGCACGUUCCGUCUUCAAUAAGCUCGCCACCUCCGCAUAGCUCUUCUCCUCGUCUUCCUUGUUCUUCUUCCUCCCCUCCUCGGCGGCCGGUACUGCUCCGCCUUUCCUGAUUCUCGACGGCAGCGCGAGAGGCACCGCCGCAUCCGUCGACUUCGCCGGAUCGAACUUCUCCCCGAGAAUCGUCCCUCUCGUUAGGAACUCGUAAGCCAAGUACCCGGCCAGUAGCCCGUUGUUGUUGGUUGAAGGAUUUGGCGUCGACGGCGGCGGCGGCGGCGGCUUGUGGAGGUAGUCGAGCCGAGCCGAUGGUUUGGCAGCUGGAUAAAACGCUGGCGUUGAUUCUCUGUCUUUUCGCUUCCUAGACUCGCCAGGUGGCAGCAUCUUAAGGAUCGGAUUUGGAGGCGGGGGGGGAACAAGAAACCGGUAUAAUUGGAAAGCGAAGUGGGGAGAGAGAGAGAGAGAGAGAGGCUAUUUAUGAGCAGAGUAAUAAAAACGGGAACCAAAUCGGAGGAACUCGCCGGCGGCGGCGGUCGGAGCUAACGAAUCGGGAAGCUUCGAAUUGCCGGGGAGAAAUUGGAGCGGGAGAGAAGGGGGAAGAAGAGGAGAUUGGAGUGGGCGCGAGGAGGAGGAGGAGGAGGAGGAGAACGAAGAGGAAAGGAAA